AUGGAUGCUAGAGAAGUUGAAAUAAUGCUACAACGUGUGAGUGGAACUACUUCUAUGCCUCAGGCCUAUCCGCAACUCAAUGCUAUGCAACAACUUCAAUCAAGUUACAUGAUUCAACCAGGUAAGUUUCAAUCUUUAAAUCAUACAAAUCCUAACAGAGAACAACCUCGCAAUGGCUGGAGGUACAAUUCAAACGGAUACUCAAGAAACCAAAAUAAUUUCAAAAACUUUCAGAGAAAUGAUCGUCGCGGACAAUCAUUUGGAACUCCAUUUAAUGAACGACGUUGGAACAACAGACCUAUAUGCAAUUACUGUCAAAAGGUCGAACACUUCGCAAGCACUUGUCGAACAAGGAUGGCUGAAUAUAUGGACAAGCAAAAAGGAAAUGCAAACAUGACACAAAGUUCCUCAAAUCAACGCUAUUAAGAAAGGUACAGUGACUCAAUUUUAAAAGAAAUAUUAAUGGAGAUACGUAAUCCUCAAGCAGGGUAACAAAAUAAAAUAGACACUUCGCAGCAAUAUUCGAACCAUUGAAAUUGGGGACCACAAACAAGAAAAAGUAAAAGAAAAUAGUACCAUCUGUAACAGAGACCCAAGUAAAAUUAAAACUUCCUUCUGGGAAUCUAAAUUUACGACCAAAAAGGG